CGGUAUUCGAGAAGCAGGAACCCACCACUUGUUCACAGAUCUCUUACAUUCUUCUCGAACAGUGUUUUCUUUAGAAAGUAAUGGGAGGACGGAGGGGAUUCCUACUUCCCAAGGAUGCUAUCUUAUCGUCCUUUCUCGUGUCCAAGCUGCUGAAUGCCAGCAUCUGUUCUUCCGUAGAACACUGGGAAUUUCACAUCCAGUCUCGAGCUACACCAAGCUAAUUCCUAAUUUUGACACGGGGAAUCUUCCAAUGGUCAUCAUCAGUAGUUGGUUUGACUCUAUCAAUCUAUGGAACGUAUUGCGAAUGUGGUUUCUCGACUCUCCUUAACGUCCCACUAACUUUACUGUGGGGAAUCUAUGGAAUUCCCGCGCCCCGAUGCUCUCGCUCGAUGUAGUGACAAAGCCGCCAUUCUGGGUUUGUCCCCGCUGUUCCACUUGCCGCAGCAACAGUCCUGUGGCACGCUUGCUCCCCUCGUUUGGCUUACGAAGUGACGUGAGACUGCUUCUUACAGCCGAUCUGAAUCUUUAUGCCAGAUCAGGGUUGGUCCUUCUGGGAGCAUCUUCAAUGACAAGCUCUGAGUGGUUGUAGAAAUGCGAAUUAGGAAGGAUGGGAGCGUCGCAAGUGGUUGCGACACGAUAUGGGAGCCAGUACGCUUACUAAUGAAGGGCGGAUGAUAUUGUUUUCUUUCCGUGAGGAUCAUGUUGGAAGAGAAUUAUCCUGGAGUUACUUACAACUUGAGCAAUAACUUCAAUUUGCAAGCUGAAAGGAUUUUCAAGCUUUCUGGUGGAGACGACUGAUUGCUUUGUGUAAAGCGGGAGUAGAACUAGCGUACGCUGUAUUUCAUUUGUUCCAAGCCAGCUAUCUACAAUCAGCUUAGAUCUAGUUCAUGCGAUGGCUGAAUCUAAGGAUACGAUACCUGCCAUUGGAAUAGAUUUGGGGACCACAAAUAGUCGUGUGGGUAUCUGGUUGAAUGAGGAACAUCGUUUCCAACUCAUCUCUAAUGAUCAUGGUAAACAAUCCACACCCAGCUAUGUCGCGUUCACUGAGACACAGCGUCUCAUUGGAGACGCUGCCAAGGAUCAAGUAACGAGGAAUCCUGCGAACACAGUGUUUGAUGUUAAGCGGUUAGUUGGUAGAAAAUUCAGCGAUUUGCGUAUCAAAUCUGAUAAAGUGAACAUUCAGUGGCCAUUUAGAGUGUCAUGUGGUGUGGAUAAUAAGCCAAUGAUACAUGUCGAGUACAAGGGUAAAGAGAAGGUCUUCUCUACUGAAGAAGUAUACUCGAUGAUCUUGGGGAAGUUGAAAGAUCUGGCGGAAGUGUAUUUGGGGUCAGUUGUUGAUGAAGCUUCUGUAAGUGUUCCUCUUUGCUUCAACUCUGCACAAAGACGAGCCACUCGGAACGCCUGCAGCAUGGCCGGUUUUGAAACAGUCACUCUUGUUAAUGAGCCUAGUUGUGCUGCCCUUGCUUAUUUGUUGGACAAGGAUCUUGAAUCACUUGGUGAGCAGAACAUUAUGAUUUUUGAUCUCGGAGGUGGUUCGUUGGACGUCACUUUGCUCCGCAUCGAUGGCCGAGUUAUAGAAAUAAAAGCAACAGCAGGAGACAGCCAAUUGGGAGGAGAGGAUUUUGAUGUCAGAAUGCUUCAUCAUUUUAUUCAAGAAAUCAAGCAGAAGUAUGAGAGAGAUAUCACUAGUCAUCCUCGUGUCGUGAGGAGAUUGAAAAAUCAAGUGGAGAGAGUGAAGUUAGCCCUUUCAUAUGAAGCGGAGACGAUCAUUCAAAUCGAUUCCUUGCUUGAGGAUUUUGACUUCCACUCUAGUAUCUCACGUAUCUGUUUCGAGGAGAUGAACAUGGACCUUUUCGAAAAAUGCAUCAAGUGUGUGGAAGAUUGUCUCCAGUAUGCACAGAUGGAUAAAGCUGACGUCCACAAAGUUUUGUUGAUUGGUGGUUCCAGUCGCAUCCCUAAGGUGCAGCAUCUUUUGACUGAGUUCUUCAAUGAUGGAUCAAUAAUCAUCAAGUCCAUCAACCCCGAUGAGUCUGUUGUUCUUGGUGCUGCUGCUCGAUCUGGAGUCUCUCAUGGUUACAAAGAACUUUCCAGCUUCCUUCUUGUGGAUGUUACUUCCAUAUCCUUAUGUGUGGAGACAGCUGGAGGUGUGAUGCAUGUGAUGCAUCCACGAAAUUCCAGCAUUCCGAGGAGUAGUGAACAAUUGUUCACUACAGUUCAUGAUAACCAGGAUGGAAUGUAUAUCCAAGUGUAUGAAGGUGAACAUCCUCAAACAUGCAACAUGUUGGUUGCCGCAUUUGAGUUGUCUGCGAUAGCACCUGCUCCACGUGGUGUGCCUCGGAUCCUUGUGCGUUUUGACAUCGAUGCAUACGAUAUCUUGACGGUUACAGCCAAAGAUGAGACAACCGGACAGAAGGUGAAAAUUUGCGUGGACGAGGUUGACAUUGCCAACAUCACCGUGCAUCACGAUGAGGAGCGCUGCCAUAGGCUUCCAAUCCAGGUGUGUAAACCCUCUUCGUCAUCUGAAAAUUCAAACCAGUCCUAUACCUCGUCAAGACUCCACGAAGCAAGCACCACCGUGGAGAGCAGUUCAGAAGAAAUUUUGGGAGCACAAGUAGAUGAAUUAUACAAAAUCGCAGAGAAUAAUUCAGAUGAAUUUUCUGAGGUGGCCGAAGGGAGCGAUGAGUGUGAACCGGAUGCUGAAGAAAAACAAGAGUUAAAACAGAAGUUGGAACAAAAAGCUGAGGAGCUUGUGCUUAAACGGGGGUCUCGUUUGGGCGACAAGAAAAGCGACGGGAAUGCAGUUUCGGUUGAGGAUGUUCCAGAAGCCGAGGAGAGCAGAUCACGAGAACUUUCUGUUUCACCUCAAAAUUAUGACUCAAGCAAUAUAGUUGAGGACGACCCCACCGAAUUCUCUGAAGUACCAGAAGUAUUUGAGUCUUGCAAUGCUGUGGAAAUGGUGUUUGAAGAAUACUUUGAGCCACCCCAAUCACAUGGCUCAAUCGUUGUUGAGGAGAGUGGAUCGAUAGAGCUCGGUGAGGUACCAGAAGUAUCUAAACCAAGCCACGUCGUUGAUAGCAGGGUACGUGGAUUUCCUCAACCCCCACAAGCGUCUGGGUCAAGCAAAUUGGUGGAAUCGUCACAAGAGUUUACAGAGGUAGAACAAGUACAUGGAUCGAGUAACUCCGUAAACAAUGGGAACCAGGAAACUUCUGCACCACUACAAGCAUCUGAAAUAAGCCAAUCCGAGGAGAGCAGAUCGCAGGGCGCUUUAUUAGAGAGGAUAAUUGAGGUUGUCACUGAAAUAGCGUCAAUCAAAGACUUCAAGGCUCACAAAAAGGAGUGUUCCACGCUCACAAGGCGGGUUAAGGCACUCGUCCUACUAUUUGAUGAGUUCAAAGAUAGUGGAUUAAGUUUGUCCGAAGAGGUCUUCGCAUGCUUUAACUCCUUAAAGUCAGAACUAAUCAAAGCCAAAUCCUUGCUUCUCUUGUGCCACGAUGGAAGUAAGCUUUAUCUGGUCUUGGAGCAACAAAAGGUGGCAAAUAAAUUCUUGUUGUUGAACAUGAAAUUUUUGCAAGCAUUGGACAAGUUGCCAGAGUUACAGGACCUUGAAAUCCCUGAAGAAGUGCGGGAGCAGGUUGAAAUGGUACAAAAGCAAUUCAAAAGGUCAAUCGCCGUUGAAGACCCCGUUGACACCCUGCUGAAUGCUGAGUUAACUACUGCUCUGGAUGGGUCACACGAACGCUCGAGAGAUCAACUGGAAAGAGUUGCUGCGCAAUUCAAACUUGAGACGGCAGAAAUGCUGAACAAAGAAAUUCAAGCUUUACAUGAGAUGAAAAUGAACAAGGGACCAGGUCUAGAGGAUGUGCCAUAUAAUGAGCGAGGAUUUGAGCAAAUUUUGGAACUUUUGAACGACUUGAAGAUUCUCUUCUCACAAGAGCCAGAGCUAGAUCAUCCUGAAGUGACAAGUUCCCAAGAAGUCCAGGGCACUCUUACAGAGAGCAAGUCACGGGAAACUUACGAACCCCCUCAUUCCACUGGAUCCAGCACAACUGUCUCGGAUAUGUCACAUGAAUUUUCUGAACCAUCACAGGCAACCAUCCGAUCCAGCAACGACGUUAAGAAUAGGUCACAAGAGUUCUCUGAACCGCCGCCCCCUUACGCAUCAAGCAUUGGUUCAGGAAUCACUUCACAGGAAUUUUCUGGACCACAAACAUAUGGGUCGAGCAACUCUAUGGAAAGGAGAUCGCAAGAAUUUUCUGAUCGACCACCAGUGUACAAUUCCAGCAAGACAAGCAUCAGGUCAACACGUGAGUCCUCUGAAGCUCAACAAGCUUACGAGCUAAGCAAGACGUUGAGGAGUAGACCGCAGGAGUCUUCUGAGCCAGUAGGAACUCAGAGAUCAAGCAGCGCUUCUGAGAGAAGAUCACAGGGGUUUUCUGAACUUGAGCAACAGAGCUCGAGUAAUGGUGUGGUUACCAGUUCUCGUGAUCACUCUGAACCAACUCACGUGUAUAGACCAAAUAAGACUUUUGGGGGCAGGCAUCAGGAUGUUUUCGGGCCGAUACCAACACAUCAUUAUCGGUCAAAUAGCGGCUCUGAGGCCAAGCAACGUGAAACUUCUGAAUUCUAUCCCGUGAACAAGAGAGACGAUGGGUUAGAGAGCAGACCACGUGAAUAUUUUCAACCUCCACAAGAAUCUAGGCCAAAUGAAGUUUCUGAACCAUCACCAAUCCAUCAUCGAUCUGGGAGCGCCUUUGGAAGCACACAUUACGAGUCUGCUGCUCUGUCUCCAGUCCACAAGUCGGGCAACGCUUCACAGAGUAGGCGGCAUGAUUCAUCCGACCGAUCAGCAUCUUUUAAAUCAAGCUCCACCUCUGACGUAAGCUCUGAGGAGUUCUCAGGGCCACUUCGAGACCAUGGAUCAGAGCAUAACUCCGGAGUUGCGGAACAUGGGGGUCAUGCCUCUCCAAGAUUAUAUAGGUCUGCGACAACCGCCGAUGGGCCACCUAAAGUACCAGUCAAUGCCCGCAGCGCCUCCUGCCCGCUAGUUAGGUCAAGUGAUGCAAUGUUUGAAGAUGUUGUCAAGAAAUAUUACUGGGACGAAGUUCUGGCUAUGACGGAUAAUUUGCAAUCCAAACGGCUCGGAAAGGGUGGUUUUGGUGUUGUGUACCUGGGGAAGUUGAACAAUGGAAGAGAGGUGGCGGUGAAAGUCCUGGAUGCAUCUUCUCAACAAGGGACAAACGAGUUCCUCAAUGAGGUGAAUCUUCUCAAAAGAGUGAAUCAUGUGAAUUUGGUGAGGCUCUUGGGUUAUUGUCAAGAGGAGAGACAGGUUCUUAUAUACGAAUUUGCAGAAGAAGGGAGUAUAUGGGACCAUCUUCAAGGAGCAAAGAGCCUCGACUGGAAACAACGUUUGAAUAUUGCGUUGCAAUCUGCCCGUGGGCUCGAGUAUUUGCACACCGGCUGUAAUCCAAGAAUAAUUCAUAGAGACAUCAAAAGUCAAAAUAUCCUGCUUACGAAAGGCAUGGUAGCUAAGGUUGCUGAUUUCGGCCUGUCAAAGUUAGGAGCUGACCAAGAUAACGUCAUGAAGACACAUGUUACCACUAUGGUGAAGGGAACGCUUGGGUAUCUAGAUCCAGAGUAUCUCAAAACGGGUCAGCUGACAGAGAAGAGUGAUGUAUACAGUUUUGGAGUUGUUCUGUUCGAGAUUAUUACAGGCCGAAAACCAAUCAACAAUGCCGACAAGCAUUGCUUCAUCGGCGAUUGGGUAGAGACUCAAUAUAAUAGUGGUUCCGCAUCCAGAGCACUCAAAGCCGUGGCAGAUCCAAAACUAGGUGGUCAUUACAACCCGAAGGCAUUGAAACUAGUGAUAAAUAUUGCCAAGCACUGCAUACAACCGCAUGGAGUAGAUCGUCCAGAGAUGACUCAAGUAGUCCGUGUACUUGCAAAAGCACAGACGAAAGAAGCUGAUGAAAAGAAAGCCUCAUGGUUACCUUUCCUGUAAUUGUUAGACCUUCCCGCAUGUAUGCGUCACUACGCAGUUAUGAAAGCAUUCUUCUCCUCAUAUUCUUUCUAACCUGUUCAGUUCAUGUCAUUCAGCAUCCACGGAACUCAACUGCUGUGUGAACUUGAACCCAAAUUCGGUUAUGAACCGUGUCCACCGCUGUUGCUAAGCAUGAAUAGCUUCCACCCACAAGCACCAAACUGAUGUCGUUUCAUUUUGAGAUAUGGAAGAAGCUUCUGCAACAAACUCCACAGAAGCAAAGCUUAUGGUCAGUGAUUUGGAAAAUGACUGAAACAAGACGUAGUUAACAUGAGGUAGAGGUUGCAUUGUCCUCAUCCACAUCAAGAGUUUUGUGAGGAUAUUGCAGAAGGCAUUGCAUGAUGACUGUGAAUAUGAAGUUGACAAUCCCCUUUUUUUGUA